UAUUCUUUUGGAAUUCAUUUUUAAAUAUGGACCGGUGAUACAAAGCAUUCAAGAUCAGAAUGAUGGAUUUUCUUGCUAAUUUUUUUUUCUGCUUUUCAAGACAAACACACGAGGCACAAUAUUACUACAGGAUGGCCACCGAUCCACAGUAUCAACAUGAGCAUGACAUAAAGAAUUAAUAUCGUAUCAACUAAAUCUAUCUGGAUCUUCCACUUUUUGCCGAUCAAACACUGCCACAAUUAAUUCUUAUUAUUAUCCUGGAUUUGAGAAAAGCAUCUACAUGUAGAGUCUACUUCCUGUAUCGGGAUAGUUUUUGCUAUAAAAGCCGAAGUUAUUUUCAUACAGAGGAACAAACAGAGAAAUGGGUUCCUCAAGAUUGCUAAUUUUCUUCAUUCUUCCUAUACUCUUGGUCUUGGCCCCUCUUGCUCCUACCAUAGUGGGCGACCAUAGCACCAGCGGUGUUUGCACGAUGAGAGCAGAGUACUGCUGGAGCUGCUUCAAUACUAAAAACACCAACAAUGGAAACAUCUACAAUCAAAACCUCAAUACACUCCUCUCCUCUUUCACCAACCCCAAAAUCAAUCCCAGAUUUUACAGUUCUUCUCUGGGACGAGCCCCCAACAAAGUGAACGCAAUUGCCGUAUGCAGAGGGGACGUUGCACUCAAAGAUUGCCGCACCUGUUUCAAGGACUCUGUUUCCAUUCUCCUGCAGAACUGUACUAAUCAGAAGGAAGCAAUCAUAUGGGCAGAGCGCUGUACGGUUCGAUACUCGAACAUCUCGAUUUUCGGUGUGCUUGAAUAUGAGCCUGUAAAGUUUGUGCCGAGCCCAAAUAACAUAUCAAACGCUGAACAGUACAAGCAGGUGCGCGACCCCUUAUUUGGAAAUUUAAGUGAGAAAGCUGCAGCAGGGAACUCUGUUUUAAAAUUUGCAGCAGGGAAUGCGUUGGUGCCUUUAACAAAUCAAACUAUAUAUGCAACUGCCCAGUGCAGCCCUGAUUUGAACAAACAAAACUGCAGCGAUUGCCUUAAAGAGUCCAUCCCAAAUAUGACAGAGUGUUGUGGUGGUGUGGGUGGAGGAAGAGUUCUUAGACCCAGCUGUUAUUUGAGGUUUGAGUCCAAUCCUUUCUGAGUCUGGAGCAGAUACCCUAAUAAACCUUCCAAGGAAAUAAUACGAGUGGAAAUAAUACGAGUAUCAUUACAAUAAAAGUGUCGCCACCGUCGUUCUGACGAUUGGUAUUGUCAUUAUGCUUGUGGGAGUCUGGAAGCGAAGAAGGGCAAGAAAGUUUAUUCAAUUUUGUUUUAUUACAAUUUUGAAUUUAACAAGGGCACUCUUCGUUUGUUGGUGCUUGAAUGUGUCAAGACCAAUGUAAUAAGAUUACUCCCUUUUUGUUUAAUAAUAAAAAAC